AUGUCUAUUUCGCUUCGAAUAGGCGCGUUGACUGACGAGUUGGUAGCAGCUGUCGCCAAAUCAUCAGAUAAGAACCCAUUAACCACAGUGCGAAGAGCUGCUAUUGAAAGGAAAAUCAAGGAUAAUUCCUAUUUAAAGACGAAUAAAUUUGAGGUUAUGAAAAGCCUUGAUGGCCUACUAGAGAAAUUUCAGGUCGUCGGGAAUGACGAGCUAUCAGAUGCACUUCAUCAAAGGCUAGAAGAAUUGGACCAAAAGAGAUUGAAUUUGGCCCCUGAAAUACUAUCUCUUCUGUUACUUCUCUCAGACAAUCCGGCCACCCUUACAGACUUAGAGAGUUUGAAGGAAUUCUCACUACCGAAAACCCCUAAGAUUUUACAAUGGGCAGACCUCAAUGACUCAGAGUUAAAUGAACCAGACGAUCUCUGGAAGGAUAUUGAUUACGCUGCGGAGUCUUCUGAUGAUGAUAUAUCUUCGGUAUCUAGCGGUGUUUCAAUUCCAAAAAUUGUACCGCAUGGCUCAACAGUUCCUCUAGAAGAGUUCUACCCUUCUGAAGACUUAUUUAUAGAUGUGCAAGACGACAACUUGAUAGCCUCUAUUAUCAAAUCACAGGCUGUCUCAGGACGAGCAGAUGCUGAAGUACCUUUGGUGACUGAGCUUCAUAUCGUUAAGGAUGCCAUAUCUAUGCUUCGCGGUCUACCAACAUCAACCUUCUCAAUUCAUGAUGAUAAAAUUGGGAUCAAUCGGAAUGUUUCCUUAUCUCAUACCUCCCAAGUUGCAUUCCAAAAUUUGAUAGGGUCCUUCCGCAAUAUCGGAACUUCCAUCCAAGCUUUAAGGUUGUUUUUGAAACGCCCACAGCGAGUUCCAUUUAUGCAGACUUUCCAGAAGGAAGUAGAGGCGUUGGUUUCAUCGUUUGAUAGAUAUCUCUCCAAUGAGCAAUCGCAUUAUCUAUAUCAACCUACGCCUCUCUCUGUCAGCCUCUUGCGUCUGCUUCACAAAGUCAGACGGCGUGUUAAGGUACUACUUGAACUUGCUCGUCUUAUCGAUAAACUAAAUCAAAAUCGCAGUCGGGAAAACUUCCGCUGUUUAGAUUUACUCUAUGACUUAGUGUGCGAAAAACAGGCAGCUGGCGAGGAUGGACAGUACCGGGAAAUAUCCAGGCUAUUUUUUGCCUGUUUUGAGAACUAUACAAAACCAAUUCGACGUUGGAUGCAAACAGGAGAUCUGGAUGUAGCCCAAUCGUCUUCCUUCUUCGUCAGCACCUCGACCAACUCACGCGAUGACCUGCAGACACUAUGGCAUGACUGGUUUAGCCUAAACUGGCAGUCAGGGUGUUUAUAUGCUCCGAAGUUCCUUCACCCCUCGUCAAAGAAAAUAUUCACCACUGGGAAAAGCCGCGUAUUCCUUCGACAUCUCGGUAUUGAGCCCCUAACCACCAACCUGGCUGAUCCUUCCUUGCUACAUUAUGAUGCAAUUUGUCCUUCAAACCAAUCGUUAUCAUUAUAUCCUUUUGCCGGCCGGCUGGAUGCAGCGUUUAACCAGCUUGUUGACACCAACCACAUCCAGGCCUCCUCACUGUUGAAAUCGGAGCUUGAUGAGAAAUGUGGUUUAUGGCAAUCAUUCGAUGCUCUAGAAUACUUAUAUUUAGGCAAAGAUUACGGGAGGUACUCCGUCACAGACUACAGAGUAUUUGAUCUGAUAGAUCGGGGUAGUCGAUCCUGGAAUGACCGUUUCCUUAUUACAGAGUUCCUCAGGCAAGCUUUUAGCGGCUUGCCGUGCAUCGAUGUCACAAGGCUCAUCGGGCGUUCAGCAAAGAUACCGCUCCAUGUUUUUGAUAGCCACAGUCGGUCCGUUCAAAUCCUCAAGGUUAUCUCUGUCGAUUACACCCUACCGUGGCCGGUUGCGAAUAUCGUCACCAAAGAUUCCCUAAAUAUAUACAAACGAAUUUCACUACUACUAAUGCAAUUGCGACGAGGGAAAUACACGUUGGAGAAACGUUGGUUUACAAAGCCACAUUUAUCUCCAGAUGAUGAAGAAGAGAGAGCUGAUCGUGUCUUAAGUUUUUGCGUUCGACACCGCCUAUUGUGGGCUUUAAAUGUCCUUUACCAUCAUUUUACUGAAGUUGUCAUUGCUCGUGCUACCCGCGAAAUGGUCAAAGCCGCCAAGGCCUCAGCAGAUGUUGAUUCUAUGAUUGAGAUACAUCAGUCCUAUAUCAAAGCUUUGGAAGCGCAAUGUCUUCUUAGUAAAGAUUUUGCGCCUAUACAUCACGCAUUGAUAUCUUUACUGGACCUAUGCAUAUCAUUUUCUGACACACAAGUUGCUCGCAGCCUUGAGUACCAACAAGAUCAAAACGAGCAGUCAUUGGGCACAAUACGACUGGCACGGAUGGCUAGGAAAAGGCUGAUUGAAGACGAAUCCGAUGGCGAAUCCGACAUGGAAAUAUCCAUGUUUGAGGUUGGGAAUGCCACAAGCAUCUCUUUUUUCGACGAAUCCUACCAUCGUCGUGUUAUGCGCGUAAAAUCAAAGUUCGAUAGCCUCUGCUCAUCAAUCAGAGCUGGACUUAGGGUCGAUCACGGUGAUUAUUCGCAGAGUAUGGAGACUCUAGCGGAUAGUCUUGAAUGGGGCUGA